GAAAACCAAGGUGAUAUGAUCUUAUGAAAUUAGAAAACUACAAUGCCAGUAUAAUAUAUAACAUUAAACUUUAGAUAAUUUCUUCUUUUUUUUUAAUUUUGAAAACAAUUUCCAAAUUUUAGUUUUGACCAUGCCAUGUUAUAAACAGGAUUUUAUUGAAAGUCAUUGCAUUCUCUCACCAGAGGUCGUGCUACACAAGCACAUUGAACAAAAUAAAUUUCAUUCAUUGGAUAAACAUGAACAAGAGCUAUAUAUAGUUUUGUUCAACAAAUUAUGCUAUUGUUUUGAAUGUUUUCACUUAUUUACAAAUCUGAAUAUUGUUGACUAUUCAUUUAUCAUAAAAUGUCUCAGGAACACCACUAAUAAAACGAAGGUGUCAACUUAUACAGACAUGUUUCCUGUAAUGGCUCUCUAUAUAGCACAACAGGAAAUAGAAAAAUUAUUCAUCUUUCCUAGAAUAAAAUUGAAAAUUUAACAGAAAAAGUUCCUUCUCUACUGACUAUAAAAGCCAACAGAACUUGGCACUUUAAUAGAGUAGGUUCAAAUUAAUCUUUUUAUUUUGGAUAUAAAAGCAUCACUAGUGUAUAUUGCAUUUAUUACAACAUAAACGGACAGUCGUUGUACCUAAUUACAGUGAUUUAGACAUUUAGUCUCCAACCACGGUGGAAUGGCUUUUUCCUCUCUCUACGGGUCGUCUCGUGUUGAGACAGGAAUGCAGCACAUGUCAGAGUCCGUGUUUGUGGGACUGUGUGAGAUAGUGGGGAUCUCACAACAGGUGGCAAUCAGGAGGGAGACAGUGGACAUCAGAGAGAUGGUGGGGAGACGAGUGAAACCUUAUGAUGGGAUCAUGAGGAUGGUGAGUGGAAGUUAUAGAGAAGGGUUCAGACUGAAGGGAUCAGAUAUUGACUUUAUGCUAUGGCCAAACAACCACCGAGUGAUCAUGGACAUGUCUCAGUCUGAGUAUUACAACACAGCCGAUACAACCUUGAUUCUCUCUGACAGUUCUGAGAGUCCACCAGGAUUCACUCUUCUUCAGUUACUGACACCAAGAACAAUUAAAUUAGUCCUAUCAGCAUGUGUCAGAAUGAAUGACAGAGUCUAUAUAUCUAGUUCUAUUCACAGACAGUUAAGUUGUUCUGCAGUAUUUCCUAAUUCUACUGAACAUGGACCCUGUGGUAGUGGUAAUAUAGCAGGACUAGAAUAUGACACUGCUCACUGUUUUGUUUGUGACUUUUGGCCUCUGUCUGCCUCCUCAUGGAUAAACAGAUGUCACUCAUGGCCUGAUCCUGAAGUUGUUGAUGAUAUUGUCAGAAAUGGAUGCCACUUUGUAGCAAUAGGACACCCAUUAGGACCCCAUGAAAAGGAAGAAUGGAGAUUUUCUUUUUCUCAGGCAGAACAAAAAUGUGUGUAUGCAAUGAACCACUGUCAGUUUUUGACUUAUGGAUUGUUAAAACUUUUUCUUAAAGAAGUUAUAAAUCAACAAUCAGAAGAAACUAAUAAACUGUUGUGUUCCUAUCACAUGAAGACAACAGUUUUCUGGGCAAUUCAACAAAACACACUACCUCACUGGUGUCCACAAAACCUCUUAGCCGGUUUCUGGGUCUGCUUUAAACUCCUCCUUAAAUGGGUGUAUGAGGGGAUCUGUCCUAACUUUUUCAUCCCACAAAACAACAUCUUUCUGACAAAAGUCCAUGGCCCAGCACAAAACAGAUUGUUCGUACAGUUAUAUGAAUUGUACAAGAAAGGUCUGGCCUGUCUGUUACAGAGUUCCUCUAUCAGGUCCUACAUCAUUCAUGUCCUGUACAAUCCUAGAGCUUUUGUUUGUACAGAUGAAAGUUUCAUAAAAUCUGAAGUUGACUGUGAUGUAGAAUUUUGCCAUAAGAUAAAUCAUAAUUCUUUUAGUAUACCCACAGUAGAUCUCCACAGUUGUGUGAAAUACCUAUAUACAGUAGAACAGUUGGUAGAUUUGCCCCUGACACAGUAUCAAGUUGUCAUGUUACAGAGACUUACAACCCCUAUCCUUCAGAUCACAGCUUUCAUAUUACACAACAUGUACACUAACACAGGUGUCAACAAACAGAUGUAUAUUGCAGACAAAAUAUCCUGUCACAUGCUGAAAUUAGCAGCCAAGUUUAGGUGUAUUUCUGACAUGUUGUACGUUGCCAUGUAUUAUUUCAAGACACUCAGAUACAGGGAAGCUUCAUCUCUUUUAGAAAUAACAAAGGUGAAUCUGCAACAGCCAUAUCUGAUGUAUAAUGAUUUUGUAGAUAGAGAGAGAUAUAUUGAGGCUGUAGGGGGACAGUCCUGGUCUACAAAGAUGAGACAUGCUGUAGCAGGGGAUAUCAAACUUGACACCAUAAUCUGUUAUAUCAAUGAACUAAUACUAGAACAACAGUCUGCUGUUAAGAAUAGGUGGCCAUUAUUAUAUAUCCCAGUGUUUGUAAUGUUACACUUCCUGGAGUUCUUGUGUUACAGACACAUUGAUACAACAUUAUCACAAGCAGCUCUAGAUGAGCUACAGGUCCUGGUCCACCAUGAUCAGGGACUUUAUAUAGAUGUUGAAUCCAGAGAUAUCUCCUGGGAGAUCCUGGGGAUCUGUCAACAGAUUACUGGGAACCCCCAGGCUGCUCUAUACUCAUACGAACAGUCACUUACACAGUAUCCAUUUCACAACAUACAAACUGCCACACAGAGUAGAAUACAAGAUAUAAAAGGAGCUGCCCCACAUGAGUAAAUUACAUAUACCAAUGACUGACUUAACAAAAUUCAUAAUUUUUCUUUAAUGAAAUUACAUAAAGUAAAUGAAACCUUACUAAAGAGACAUGUUUAUGGCUAACACUGGCUUGAGCUGGGUCCUAAUCAUCAAGUAGGGAGUUGGAAGAGAAUUGAUGAUUUGAUGUUAUGAAAAGUAAGGCACUUUGUGACUCUGAGACAGUAAAUUAUCUAAGAGGCUAUACAUAGUGAAAAGGUAUGGUUUAAAAAUGUGUUGAACAUAAAUUAUAUAAAUGUGCAAGUAUGUAAAUAUGAAAACAAGCUAGUAUUUAUACAAUAAGGCCAGAAGAGUUGGGGGAUUCUCCCCACCCACACACCCAAUGCUAUGUUCCCUCUAUGCCAUAAGCCAGUUAACUAAUGCCAUUCAUAUAUUUCAUAUAACACCCACAUGCCGAAUGCUAUGUUCCCUCUAUGCUAAAAGCCAGUGAACUAAUGACAUUAACAUUAUUCAUAUGACACCCACACACCCAAUGCUAUGUAAAUCCUAUGAUAUUGACAUUAUUCAUUUAUUAUACUUUCAUGUUAAAUACCGAAAUCUGAUUUAGCAUUACCCAAAGCCUGAUAUAGAGUCACUAUCAAGCCAUUGCGAUCAUUUUGGUGCUUCUCUGUUACUCAGAUUUGGUGUUUAAUUUCUUUUGAUUAUUUUUAUUAAACUCCAGAUGUAUUGCUAAAAACCAUUUAUCAGUAACAAUCCAUAAUUUUGUAUCAAUAAUUUCUGAUAUCACCUGAUUAGAUAGAGAUUAAGGAGACCCUGUUCAAAUCUAUUAAGUUCAAUCUGUCAUUAUUUCUCCACUAACUUUACACAAUGAAAUUUUGAAACUUUUGCCCAGCGCUUUAAUGAAGCAGACUUUUAAUUUAUGCUUUUUAAAAUUGAAACGAGCAAUUAUAAGUGUUUAUUUUAUAUGUAUUGAUUUAUUUCUCCGUAUUUUAAAUUACCUUUACUAAGUAUUUGCCAUUUAAUUUAUGAAGAGUUACUCUAUGGAACAGGUCAAAAUUCUGGACAGGUCAAACAACUGUAUCAAUUUUACAGCUAAAAAAACUGAAUUUUUUCUCUUAGCCCCAUUUAUCAGCUGUUCAAAGUGCGCUGACUUGGUCCCAAAAUUAACGCACUUUGAAAAAAUAAUUGAAACUGAUUUUUUUUUUCAGUCUCGACAAUUCUCGCUGAGAUUAACGGACAUGCGGCAAAUUAAAAAUGUCGUUAUUGACGAUGAGACCCUUUGACAUUCUAAAAAAAUUAAAGUAGAGUUUUGCAAAUUAG